AUGUCGAAAGAAACAGCGUCUAUGAGAGAAAUACAACACAACCGACAACUCAUUAUACAAGCUCUAAAUAAGAACACAACAAACUUUUCAAACUAUUCUAAGAUAUCUGAGUCAUUGAAAGGGGGUGACUUAAAACUGACAUUAAACCCAAUGACAGAUGAGUUUCUGUUUCAAGACAAUAAGAACCAUACUGUUUGUAUAAAUCCAACAAAAGGAACUUUAAACGAGAAACCUAUAAAUGAACUUCUUUUGAAAGCAGAUGUUGACAACAAAGCUGACAAAACAUAUGUAGACGAUGCAAUAGCAAAAGAAGAAGAAAGAGCUAACAAAGCUUAUGCAACAAAAGAACAUACUCAUCCUGAACUAG